UAGUUAUUGUGACUCUAUUGUUCCUUUUUGGGGCCGGGAGAGAUAUCUGGCGCUACUUGUGCUCACUGAAAGAGAAGGCUAAAUCUCACUUAUUACUUGAUUUCUUUUCUUUCAAGAUAAUAACGUAAUAAAUCCGACUGGUUUCAGGUCGGUGCCACACACAAGAUGUCGUACCCUCCUCACCUCAAUCGGCAACAGAUUGGGAUCCCCCAGCUUCCCCCUGGAAUCCCUCCCCCCCAGUUUGCAGGGUUCCCCCCAACGGUUCCUCCUGGAACGCCAAUGAUUCCAGUGCACAUGGGCCUGAUGACGCCCGCCCCUACGGUCCUGGUACCCACCUCCAUGUCGAUGGUAUCGAAACCCGUGGGCCCCCGGAAGGAGGUGACCGGGACGAGGGCCAAGGAGGCAGAAGAGAGCAGUGGACCAACCACCACGGUGUUUGUGGGCAACAUCUCGGAGAAGGCAUCGGACAUGCUGGUCCGACAGCUGCUUGCAAAAUGUGGCUUGGUCCUCAGCUGGAAAAGAGUCCAGGGAGCCUCUGGAAAACUUCAAGGUAAAAACAGGACAGCCUUCGGCUUCUGCGAGUACAAGGAGCCGGAGUCCACGCUGCGGGCCCUCAGGCUCCUGCACGAGCUCCAGAUCGGCGACAAGAAGCUGCUGGUCAAGGUGGACGCCAAGACCAAGGCCCAGCUGGACGAGUGGAAGGCCAAGAAGAGGAGUGCCAACGGGACCGCGAAGGUGGAGGACGGUGCCAAAGAGGAGGAUGAGGAGGACGUCCUGGACGAGGAGACGAAGCGCCGGGAUCAGAUCGUGAAAGGCGCGAUCGAGGGCCUCAUCCGGGAGUACUCCAGUGAGCUCAACGCUCCCUCGCAGGACGCUGACACGCCCCAUCGCAAGAAAAGGAAAGAGAAGAAGGAGGAGGAGGAUAUAAAUGCAAUCGAGAUGGAGGAGGAUAAGAGAGACCUUAUAUCCCGAGAGAUCAGUAAAUUCAGGGACACGCACAAGAAACUGGAGGAAGAGAAGGGGAAGAAGGAGAAGGAGCGGCAGGAGAUUGAGAGGGAAAGGAGGGAGAGAGACAAAGAGAGAGAGCGGGAGAGGGAGCGACGUGACCGGGAGAGAGAGAAGGAACGGGAGAGGGAGAGAGAGGAGAGGGAGAAGGAGCGUGAGAGGGAGAGGGAGAGAGACCGGGACCGCGAGAGGACGAAGGACAAAGAGAGGGAGCGGGAGAGAGAGCGGGAGAAGGAGAGGAGCCGGGAUCGGAGCAAAGACCGCAGCAGGUCCAGAGAGAAGAGCAGGGAUGAGAAGAAACGAGACCGUGAGGAAGAUGAGGAGGAAGCAUACGAGCGCCGAAAACUGGAGAGGAAGCUGAGGGAGAAGGAGGCCGCCUACCAGGAGCGUCUGAAAAACUGGGAGAUCCGGGAGAGGAAGAAAGCUCGCGACUAUGCCAAAGAAACCGAGCGGGAAGAAGAGAGGCGGAGAGAAAUGGCAAAAGAAGCCAAACGGCUGAAGGAGUUCCUGGAGGACUACGACGACGACAGGGACGACCCCAAAUACUACAGGGGAAGCGCGCUGCAGAAACGCCUGCGGGACAGAGAGAAGGAGAUCGAGGUGGACGAGCGCGACAGGAAGAGGGAGAAGGAGGAGCUGGAGGAGAUCAGACAGAGGCUGCUGGCCGAGGGGCACCCAGACCCUGACGCUGAGCUGCAGAGGAUGGAGCAGGAGGCGGAGCGCCGCCGGCAGCCCCCCGUGAAGCAGGAGCCGGAGUCCGAGGAGGAGACGGAGAAGGCCCAGAAGGAGGAGCGGGAGCGCGAGAGGGAGCGGGACCGGGACCGGGACCGGGACCGGGACCGGGACCGGGAGAGGAGGGGCGGAGCCGUGUCCGGGCCGGAGGCCAUGGAGCCGGAGCCCCAGUCGGAGGACGAGGUAGAGGACGGCGAGGAUGAGGACGGUGAGGAGGACGACGAGAUGCCCGAGGUCAAGCCGUGCCUGAAGCCCACGCUGCGGCCCAUCACCGCCGCCCCCUCCGUGUCCUCGGCCAGCGGGAACGCCUCGCCCAACACUCCCGGGGACGAGUCCCCGUGCGGCAUCAUCAUUCCACACGAGAACUCGCCAGAGGCCCCGCCCCCUGAGGAGCUCCGCCCAAAAAUAGGCCUCAGUCUCAAACUGGGCCCAACGGGCAGCCCCAGCCAGCCCAACGCCGUCAAGCGCAAGAAGCUGGCGGUGGACAGCGUCUUCAACAAGUUCGACGACGAGGAGGCGGACGAGCUGCCCCGCAAGAGGAAGCUGGUGCCGCUGGACUACGGCGAGGACGAGAAGGGCGGCCUGGGGCUGGACGGGGCCGAGGUGGCCGGCGCCAAGGGCAGCGUCAACACCGAGGAGAAGCGCAAGCACAUCAAGAGCCUCAUCGAGAAGAUCCCCACCGCCAAGCCCGAGCUCUUCUCCUACCCACUGGACUGGGCCAUCGUGGACUCGACGCUAAUGGAGCGCAGGAUCCGCCCGUGGAUCAAUAAGAAGAUCAUAGAGUACAUCGGCGAGGAGGAGGCCACGCUAGUCGACUUCGUCUGCUCAAAGGUGAUGGCACACAGCACACCUCAAGGCAUUUUAGAUGAUGUUGCCAUGGUUUUGGAUGAAGAGGCAGAGGUCUUCAUCGUGAAAAUGUGGAGGUUGUUAAUUUAUGAAACCGAAGCCAAGAAAAUUGGACUUGUGAAAUAGAAGAGGAGCACUGGACGGGGACAAGCUCUCCUGCCUUCUUCCUCUCUCAGCUUUCUCAUCAUUUGUACCAAGCAAGAGACUUCUUAUUCCCCAACAUUACUGAAAUAGCCCUAAACUAGAACUUAUGGGGGGGGGGGGUGGGUGGAGAGAGGGGGGUUUGUGGGUAUCCAACAGCAAGAACGAGUAAAAGACGGCCAUUUUGGCUCCAGCCGCUACCGGGGCUCUCUGAACUCCCAGCUACUGCUUCUGUGGUGCGCGUGUACGUGAGGAAUAGCAUGUUUGUACGUGAUUUAUUGCAUUUGUGAGCGUGUGUGAGGGAGGGUGCACUAACUGCAUGGCCAAAAUCCGUUCGUUUUCUGGAUCUCGUUUGCCCCCGCCGGGGUCGAGAUCUGGUGAGGGGGAUCGAGACAGGCAGACAUGACGGUGAGACGGUGAGAAUUUACGCAGGUGAGCCCCCCCCAUUCCCCCCCCCCGUCUGCCUCUCACUGGCACGCCAUAGAAGGCCACUUGGUUGCACGUCUCGCGCUCUGGAUGUUUUAGUUAUGUUGAUCGUUGACAGAACUGCAGGCCCUAUGUAAAGUACAAAUAUGUUUUUUUUUUUUUGUACGGAUAACAUCUACAUGCCAUCCACCAAUAAUUUCCCCCGUGUUUAACCAAACUGUUUUGAGUGAUUGGAUGUCAUUUCACGUGGUUGGGAGCUGCCCAGAGUUCUCCCCCGUCCAUGUUUUCUGGUGGUUUUUCUGGGUUUCUGGGAAAGGCCACUGAGAAAUGGAUGGGGAAUGGAUGGCCUUCUGGAUCCUGAAGCGUCUCGGUGCUUGGAGCCCAUUGACCCACAUUAAGCCUUUGUCCCGUUGUCUUGUAGACUUUGGAAAAAGUUUAAAUGAUUUCAUUUGUUUUCUUCUUUUUUUUUACAAAACAUAAAAAACAAAAAACAAAAAGGAAGUAGUAUUUCUGUGAAUUCUGCUGUGUGGAAUGAUCAAGUCGUUUUAUUUUACAGAAUUUUUUUGUUUUGGUUUUUGCAGCAGUUAUGAUUUCACAUCUACUGUUCAAGUUGCUAAUGGCUUUUUCUCCCUGAAGAGCAACAGCAGUUCGUAGGUUGCGACUUGCUACAAGUUUGGUAAUGUAACUGAGCGUGUAGCUUUGAAGGGUGAGAUCUAUCAGGUUCAUUUGCACAUACAGAAGAACAUUGCUCUUGUUUUUAUUACGAUGUUUUUGCUGUGAAUAAAGGAUUGUAAAAUACA